GCCCCUGCUGGCCAUGGCCGACUUGAUGCAGCAGAGGGAUGAUUUGGCAGAGUUGCACAGAAAGGCAGAGGCAGAGCUAUGCUCUUUGCAAGCUUUGUGGAACAUCAGAGGUGGCAAAGACUGGGAUGGAGCUUGUGGCAUGCUUGAAGAUGUUUGGAAUGAGUUUCGAGCUGAUGCUGGGACAGCAGCAGAGGAGGUGCAGGCGGCACUGGCUGAGACCAAUGCAACGCAUACCAUGAAGGUGUUUAGCUCUGACCUGGAGCGCCAGGCUGCAUUGGCUGAAGCAGCUAGGCGCCAGGCGGCCUUUCAAGAGGAGUUGCAGAAACAGCGGCAGAAGCUCCAGAAGCGAAGCAAGGUAAAGUCGGCACCUGUAGAGCUCGGAAGGCUGUUGGAAGACGAGGCCACAGCGCAGGCAUUGAAGCUUGAUAGGGAGGCAGCUAUGGCGGAGUGCCGUGAGUUCUUGGCCAGCGGGGCAGACAGUGACAAGUGGGAAGAGCUCUUAAAGGGCUGGGAAGCUAUGAAGGAAGACAUUGCAGAGGUGUCCAACCAGGAUUUCGAGGCAAAGGAGAAAGCCAGCGUGGGGGCAUCAGCGGCUAAAAUGGAGGAUGCCCCUCGAUCUGACAUGGUGCAUUCACAUCACCUCAAGAACAAUAUACAUAUAUAUAUAUAUAUGGACUGCGCUCAAAAAGCCCUACUCAAAAAAUAUAGAUAAACGUAAACUUUUAAGGUUGGAGAUGUGUUUUUAAGUCUUCGUUUAGAAGCGGGCCCCCAGCAGACUAUGGUGAUACAGCAAGGCAGCGCUAGAUUGGCGCUAGGUUGGCGCUAGAUUUCUUCAUAACAGGAUAAGCAAGCAGGAAAAAGAAGAAGCAAGACUAAGACUAAGACAAGAAAAAAAGAAGAAGAAUGCACAACAAGAAGAAGAAGAAGAGGAAGACAAGCAAGCAGGACAAAUAAGAAUCUGAC